GGGCCUAAACUGUCUCCAUCUUCAGCUCCAGAGGCCUGGUCAUAUCAAAAUAUAGGCAAGAAUGACAUCUGAACAGGAAAGGAGCACAUCCAUUGAAGAGACAAUAAAAUCACAGGAAAGGGAGUUAGCAAUCACUGAAACCCUGUGGGACCAGGUGCUAACAGCCUUUAAAGGCAUCCAAAAGGAGCUUCAGGAAGAUGCUCGGAUUCGAGGCAUGAGCAACCGUUCUGUGACAUCCAUGCCACCUGCGCCUCCCAGGACUGGAAGCGUCAAGCCUCCAGAUUUCUCUACAGCCCCAAAGUAGGAUCACAGCUCAACUCUAGAGAGCAGCCAUCAGAAGCCAUUCCUAGAACCCAAGAACGUUAACUCAGUGACCAGCCAGCCUUCUACCCUAGACUCUAACUCUGUCAUCAAAGAAGGACUCCUAUGUUUCUUCCAGGGCUCAGCUCAGUUGCCGGAAAACCAAAGGCUAUGAGACAGACAUCCUUAUUGCCAGCAUCUAUGGCAGCAACUGGGAAUUUGGAAAUCAACUGAGAGCCAGGCACAUCCGAACUGCCAAGCAAAGAAUCCA